AUGUCGCGAAAAUUAUUUGCUCGAAAUAUUACGGCUGAUCAGAUUAGUGUGCAAAUACUCAGUGGACAUGGUGAACUUAGAGAUAUUGAAUUAAAUGAAGAAGUUCUUGAGUUGCCAGCUUGGCUUAGAAUAAAUCGAGCAACGUGCAAUCGAAUUUCCGUUAAAGUGCCUUGGACUAGAUUACAAUCUUCGCCUUUACAAAUGUUUGUCGAUGAAAUCCGGGUCAAUGUGCAGCUCACUUCAGAAACUCCUUCGCAGAAUGUAUCAAAUUUUUUGAGCGGUCUUACGGACUCUUCAUAUGGAUUUGCAAACAGAGUUGUUGAAGGUAUGUCAUUAUAUGUUAACUCGAUGGAAGUACAUUUCGAUUCUGGUGUUUUUGGGGGGUCUUUUAUGUUAUCAAGGCUGUCAGUUGAAAGUCGUAGUCCGGGUUGGCAAGCGAUUACCAAUUUAAGGUAUAGUCGUAUUAUCGAUAAAGCAUUAAACCAAAUGCUUAUGUUUAAACAAGUAACUUGGCAGUUGUUGCGUAUUGAAGCUUCUGUUAGAAGCGAUUCUUCGAAACGAUCAAAUAUAAAUGCUCCUCUGAGGCUUAUUACAAGUAGUGGGAAAAGUCGCAUUUCGAUUAAAAAAUCAAUUCUAGAUGGUGCUGUAAUUGGUGGUCGAAUACAAGUGAUUCUUGAUGAUAUUUUGUGGAUUGCUACUCUUCCACAAGUUAGAUCGGCUAUAGCAUUUUAUAGUCAUAUAAUGAGUGUCAUAAAAGCAGCUCCAAAGAAAAUCGGUCAAAAUUUACAGCAAAAUGAGAUUAAGUCAGCAAUAUUGACGACGCAAAAAGUCGCUCGUAAGACUUCGAUCUCGAAAACCUUCCAGAAUUUUGAUUUCGAUCAAACAUCUUUUCACUUUUAUUUCGGCAAAAUUGAUCUCCAUUUAUGUGACGAUAAUUCGGAUUCUUCAAACUUUCCCCAAGAUUGGAAUAUAGAAAGUGGCGCUCUUCAAGUAACACUUCAACGCAUAUCAAUCGAUUUUUAUCCUGCUAAUUUGGCUGUUUCGGAUCGCUUAAACUGGGUGCGUUAUAACGCGCAGAACCAAUGCUCUGUUUGGGUUCGGGAACUCCUCGAAAUUCAUUAUCGUACUUUAUGUUCACUUCUUGUUGCAAAUGUACGAAAUCGUUUUAUGCGAAUCUGGCCACAAUUAUUAUCUCAAAACUGUAUAAUUAGGAUUUACGAUUUGAUUGUUCAGUGUGUGACUGAUUCAAACACGAAAAAAGAUAAACUAUUUAAUGUAUUUAUGUCAGAUAGAAAUUCAAAAGCUUCUGUUCCUCCCACUGAACCACUAGUUCAUCUAGAAUUUACUUCAUUCUAUCAUCCAGCCAUAGAAAUGCCUUCAAAUGUUACCCAUCUUCUACUUGGACCAUUCUCGUUUGUAUUUGAUCAAAGGACGAUACGUUGGAUUCUUUAUGUUUGUAAUGACAUUGAUAAAACUUUGAGAAUUCGUUAUCCAUUGAUACCAUACGGCUUUUUUGAAGUUAAGAUUUUACAAUCUUCUGAGGUAUUAUUGGAUAUACAGAAUAUGCCAAAAACGAAUUUUCGUAUUGACGCAUUAAUGCCGAAAGUAAUAGUGCCAUUGUCUUCUUCAUCAAAGGCAGACAAUCGCUUACCUCGGCGAGUGGUGGUUAGCAUGAGUGCGGUGACAGCAGUUAAUAACGAAAAUUUUCAAGAUUCUAGUUUUUUUAAAUCUUUAUCUUCGAGCACUAUUGAUUUCAUUGAUUCCUUGAAAGUUCCCUGUGACAAAUCUUCGUUUCGAAAUUUCGUUGUCCAUUUGAACCAAAAUUCAACAGAUGGUUCUGAAAAUGAGGAACGUCUUUGGAUCAAAACUUCUCCUAUAUGGGUUGAUACCGAUCACGGUGAAUUUACUUUAUCUACUCCUCUUCUGAGUGAUGUGGCUUUUCAUGCAGUUAUUAAUAAAUCGGCAACCCAGAUUCGCAUUGCUCUACAACCGCAGCAUUUUUUGCGGGUUACUUUAGAUCACUUUCAAUAUUUGCAAAUUUCUCAUUUUUUUGCUUCUUUUUCUGUAUUUAUUGAUCAACUUGAAGCGGAUAUCAAUUUUUUUUCUUCCAACAGUAUGGCUUAUAUACCUAUUUCUGUGAUAUGUUUAGUUGGUAACAUUGGAUUAUUUUUGAUUCCACUGAAUUAUGGUUUACGAGAAGUUACCACAAAUAAUUCAGAAUAA